AUGGGCGUCCGAGGAGCCUUCCACCUUCUGCUCAUGUGCCUGAGCCCAGCACUGCUGUCUGCUGUGCGGAUCAAUGGGGAUGGCCAGGAGAUCCUGUACCUGGCAGAAGGUGACAAUGUAAGACUGGGCUGUCCCUACAUCCUGGACCCUGAGGAUUAUGGUCCCAGUGGGCUGGACAUCGAGUGGAUGCAGGUCAAUACAGACCCUGCACAUCGGGAGAAUGUGUUCCUCAGCUACCAGGACAAGAGAAUCAACCAUGGCAACCUCCCCCACCUGCAGCAGAGGGUCCGCUUUGCGGCCUCAGACCCCAGCCAGUACGACGCCUCCAUCAACCUCAUGAACCUGCAGGUUGCCGACACGGCCACCUACGAGUGCCGGGUGAAGAAGACCACGAUGGCCACCCGGAAGGUCAUCGUCACCGUCCAAGCUCGGCCCGCAGUGCCCAUGUGCUGGUCCGAGGGCCACAUGGCAUAUGGCAACGACGUGGUGCUGAAGUGCUUCGCCAGUGGGGGCACCCCGCCCCUCUCCUACAAGUGGGCCAAGAUCAGCGGGCAGACCCACCCCUACCGGGCAGGAUCCUACCACUCGCAGCACACGUUCCAGUCGGAGCUGUCCUAUCAGGAGUCCUUCCACAGCUCCAUCAAUCAAGGUGUGUUUAAUGGCGAUCUGGUGCUGAAGGACAUCUCCAAGGAGGACGACGGGCUGUAUCAGUGCACCGUGGCCAACCACGUGGGCUACAGCGUGUGCGUGGUGGAGAUGAAGGGCUCAGACUCCCGGCGUGCGGGCAUGAUCGUUGGCGCGGUGCUGGGCUCGCUGCUCCUGCUGGGCUGCCUGCUGCUGGCCAUCUGGGCGCUCACCUGCUGCUGCUGCGGGGGAGCCGGCGGGGCCCGUGGCGCCUUCGGCUACGGCAACCGCAGCGGGGCCUGCGAAAGGGCCUGCGGAGACUUGUCCAAUGAGAUCAGAGAGGACGCCGUGGCGCCCGGGUGCCAGACCCGCGGGCGCGGCAGCCGCGUCGCCCACCUGCUGGGGUACCCGCCGCAGACCCGCCGCUCCCAGCGCCGGUGCGCGCCCCCGCCCUGCGGCCCCGAGGACGUGGCGCUGGCGUCCCGCGCCGCCGCCUGCGAGGCGGGCCCCGCCCCGGUCUACGUCAAGGUCACCGGCGCCGAGGCCGAGGACUGCAGCCGGGGGCCGCGGCCGGGCAAGGACGGCCUGGUGGUGUGA